AUUUUAUUUUUGGGGUAUUUCGGUGCUUCGGAUACUUCCAUGUGUGAUCGAAGAAGAAACUCAACAUUGUUUUUACGUGUUAAUUAAUUAGUGUGGUCGUUAGCGAUUAGGAAUACAAAUACAUAUACAAUGACGCAGUUGGAUUCUGUGAUAAAACCGAAGACAAAGCGCUCAAAACGCUUCUUGGAGAGCAGAGCACCCAAACUGACUGAAGAUGUGAAGAGUGCCAUGAUUAUGAAAGGAGGGAACACAAGUCAGACCAUCACCCAGGCCCUUAAGGACAUAUAUUCACUGAAGAAACCCAAUGCUGUGCUCUACAAGAAAAAGAACAUCACUCGGCCGUUUGAGGACUCAACGUCACUGGAGUUCUUUUCCAAGAAGACGGACUGCUCUCUGUUCCUGUUUGGCUCCCACAAUAAGAAACGGCCCAACAACUUCAUAUUUGGUCGUCUAUUUGACUUCCACGUACUAGAUAUGAUCGAACUUGGAAUUGAGAAGUACGUCUCCCUGAGUGAAAUUAAGGCCAGUAAAUUUCCCGAAGGAACCAAACCAAUGCUCGUGUUUGCAGGGGAAGCUUUUGAUACAGAUAACGAGCACAGACGACUGAAGAGUCUGCUAACAGGUACUGACAUAGCACACAGUUAA